UCGAUACCAAGUGCAACUUGGCAAGAAGUGUUUCUGUGCGAUGAAUUGAAGUUCGAUCAACAUUCACUCAAGCUCGAUAUCUAUCUACUUGUCAAAUGAUGGUUGUAUCGGAUAAUAUAGCGGUAAAUUUGGUGCGAAAUCAAAUGCAUCUCUUUUAUACGAAAUGUAGAAGUAAUAAUUUUUAAUAUUCUGGUAUUUUUAAUGAACAUAACCAUAUAUAUUGUGACUAGGCAUCCAUUUUGAUUAAUGUUAAGGAAUUCAGUUGAUCAUGGGUUAUUGGUUUUUGAUUUUUUUGUAACUUUUAGAAAUGCGGACUUAAAUGCGUACUAAAUGAAUGACCAGUUAUGGAACAAAAGAUGCAAAUGAUGUUCGCAAAAAUGAUGGAAGAAAAACAAACCCUUAACUACAAAAAGCUAGUAGUCCCCAUGGCUAUGCGUAGUAUAUAUUGGAAAUAUUUUGGAUUUCCUGCCAAUGAUGAUGGUGAUAUACUAACUAAAGUAAAAAUUGUUUGCAUCUUAUGUAAAACACAAAUAGCAUAUAAUCGUAACACGAGCAAUUUACGCAUGCAUUUGCAAAACAAACAUGCGCGUGAGCUAGUGGAACUUGAGGCAGCCACACCACCUCGUAGGAUGAACCCAGAACUCAAAGAAAAGCGUGCCCAAAGGAGGACAAUCAACAAAACACACAUAUGUCCCAGUGACAGUCCAGGGCAACCAUACAUAUACACCACUAUUGCAGAUGGCACUGUUCACAUUGACAGUGACAUACAAUUCAUCACAGAUCCGAACAUUAGUUUGCGAAGUAUGGAAGAUGAACCUAGCAACGGGACCUGUGAAAAUUCUAAUCUCCGUGUAGUUGUGGAAGGUGGGGCGCAAACUGGGAAUGGCCAGAAUGUCGCCAUAAUUUUGCCCGAGGAGAAUUCCAAUAGCACGCUUCCAAAUGUUGACAUAAAAACAGUUUCAGACGCAAUAGCCGAGUUUAUUAUUUUAGAUCUGCAGGUGCCAGAUGUGGUUGAAGGACGUGGAUUUCAGAGAUUGAUUGCGACCUUGCGUUCCCCGUGCGAGAUCCCCAGCAAGGCGAAGCUCGAAGAGGAGCUGAUCCCCAAGAUCUAUGACACUUUCAAAGAAGCGGUGAGUACUUCCAUUUCUAGAGUUUCCAGUGAAGUUGGCUUGAGCAUUGAGGAAUGGAAGUCAGGAAACUCUGAGACGUACGUCACAUUCGCUAUCCACUACCAGCAAACGAUGGAGAGUCCUUUGGAGACACGAGUGCUGAACACUAUCCACUGCGCCACUGACAUGGACUGCUCACAGUGGAUAACUGUGUUUGACCGUAUUUUGUCUGAAUGGAGCAUCAAAAGCUACGAUAUCACUGCAGUCGUUAUUGCCACGUCGCAUCUCGAUCUCAUCAAAGCCCUGUCCGAGAAGAAGCUUACAAUUAUACCCUGUCUUGUCCAUAGUUUACAGCUGUGCACGAGCGUGUGCUUCGACCACUCGGAAGUCGCGGUCGUCCUGAACAAGUGCCGUGCACUCAUCGCGCUGGUGAUGCAACACCCGUCUGGCGCGGCAGCGCUACGGCUGCAGGAGCAGUUGGCUCAGAUGGAGGAGGGCAGCCUGGCGACGGACUACCCGCGCGUGUGGACCUCGACGUACGCCAUGCUGGAGCAGCUGCUGGUGCGCCGCGCGCUGCUGCCGGCCGUGCUGGAGAACAUCGUGGACGUGGACUGCGGGCCGUACGCUCUGCUGGACGACGAGUGGCGCGUCGUGGAGGACCUGGUCAUGGUGCUGGAGCCCUUCAAGGUGACGAUGAUGACUUUGAGCGAGGAGAAGACGCCACUGAUAUCGCUGCUGAAGCCCUUGCUGUGGCAGCUCAACAGCUCUCACCUCAAGGUGAAGGAAACAGACUCCGAGAUGGCUCGCCUGUUCAAGGAGUCGCUCGCCGAGAAUCUAUCCCAAAGGUACAACGACCCGGCCGUGAGCAGCCUGCUUCACGUGGCCACCACGCUCGACCCGCGCUUCAAGAUCCUGCCGUGCGAGGAGAACACCAAGGCCAUGAUGGAGCCCGUCAAGGAGCUGCUGACCAAGCUGGUGCAGAGCGGCACGAGCAAGGACAAGGACGACGGCCCCGGCUCCGACGAGUCGCCCAACAAGAAGGGCAGGCUCUCCGGGAUGGAGUUCCUGCUGGGCGACCUGUGCUGCGCCAAGGCGGGCGUGCCGGCCGAGGAGCGCGCCAGCCUGGAGCUGGUGCAGUACCACAGCGAGAGCACGGCCUCCCUCGACCACUGCCCCCUGCAGUGGUGGGCCAAGUCCUCCCUCAAGUGCCCCAACCUGGCGCGGCUGGCCCGCCGCUACAACUGCGUGCCCGCCGCCGCCUGCCCCCCUCACCGCAUCCCCGUGGAGGCCCAGGUGCUGCACGACCUGCGGCGGGCCAGCCUGGCGCCCGAGAUCGUCGACAAGCUGCUCUUCCUGCACGGCAACCACAUCAUGUCCUAGCGCGGGUUCCUUGCGCCGGCGUCGUGCUCUGUUGGUGAUGGGUUGGCUGUGUGGUGGUACCCCGUCAUUCUGGUCCUCCGAGAGAACAAUCUUAGCGAUUUUUAAAUAUUUUUACUGUAACUUUAUACCCUUUGUUUCUGACAUUAUGCCGCAUCUUCACACUUCAGCGUGUAAUCACUGGGAUAGGAAAAGCAGCUGAUUAUUUUCACGCCUGGUGUAAUCAGAAUUGCAGAUUUGAAAAAUUUCCUAUUUUUUGGUCUUACGCCUUCUGAGCCAUACAUGGCAGAGAGCAGGCUCUCCCAUUAAGUAUCUUGACUACCAGAGAAAAAAAAAGUAUUUAAUUUGCGAUGUAAAAAAGGCCUGGAGACGAGGUUAGGCAAUUUGAAAUGACCUUAUCGUGAAUUAAAGACAACUUCGAAUAUUAAAAAAGUUAUGUGGAAUGUAUGAUUAUGUAUGUAUCUGGAAUGCAAGAAAAUAUUUUUUUUUUUUUGUUUUCCAGUGCAUGAAGUUGAGAUUUUUUUACUACAAUCAGCAGUAUAUAUUUAGUUGCGCAAGCAUUAUGUAAUGUUAAAAACAUAAUUGCAAAAACUCAUAACAUUUGAGAAGUUUGGGGGUGACAUUUAGUUCAUGCCAUUGUUUAAUUUUUUUUUUUUUUUUUUUCUCAGCUUCUGGGUCAAGACCAUGUUUAUUUUGAGUUGGCGCGAUAUCCAGCACUUCUGCAAGUCCUGUCGCAGUCAUUUCCAAGUAUAGUGUGCGAUGAAAGUCCUGAUGUGACACCUGGUCUUGCCAUUGAGUUGGGGACGAGGACUGUAGGAUAUCUGACCUGUUAGGCUCGUUCUUCAACGGCACCAGAACAUAAAUGGAUCAUGUAAGUGGUGACGGAUCUCCUGGGACAUUUCACUACCGCUGCUUCCACAAUGCACGGAAACGUAACAAAUUGCCGCCAAUCAGAUUGCAUUUCUAAAGUUAAGAAAUAUUAAUUUAAUUAAAAAAUAUAUUAUGCUUCAAGAUUGUAACAUUGGCAGAAUUUACUACACGUAUGAUAAAAAUAAACUUCUUAUUCUUGUGAUUGAAACAAUUUUUAACGUAUUUAGACCAUAAACGAACAUGGCUAUCACCGCAGCCAAACACUCUGCUUCUAUCUGUCGGACGGAGCAACGUAAACGGUAGAGCUCAGCAUUGCUGAGCUAUUCCGUAUGGGUCCGUCUUCAUCUGCGGCUAUUGUAGAAACUCUGUUCCGUGAUAUCCGUCUCCGUUUACGUGAUCCGUAUCUGUUUCCGAGUCAGUGCAGAAAAGGCCUGAGAGAUGACUGCAGGUUUCAGCUGUAGCGGCAUGGGAUUGAAUAGGUUAUAGUUUAGAACUGUGGGUAAAUGUAGGGUACCAAAUUUAUUACAUGACAUUUAUUCAUUCUCGUGUGUACGUUUGUGCGUGUGAUAUCCUUUUAUUUGUCAUUUUGCAGUCUUGGUAACCUUAUAUUGGCUUUAGAUAGUCUUAUACUUAAUGAUGUCCUAUAUUUGAGAGCAUUUUGUAUUUUACAGCAUUUUAUGUCCAAAAACAUACAAUAUUACUUUGAUUGAUUUUCUGACAAUAAUAGUUUUGAUUCAUUAAACACAAAAAUAUUCAUGCUGAUAAUGUUUACUACGAAAAUAUCAUCUAAUUCAAAAAUUAUCAUUACAAUUUUCAAGAAUUUAGUUUAAUAUUUACAGCAAAAAUGUACUUCACACGUGUUUGAGCUAUGGAUUACUGUCCAUGCGUUUUAGUUUUGAUGUGUCUUCUAGCUUUGCACUAAUGAUGCUGUAACUGCUGUACCAUGUUUGAUUGCACAACAUUGCACAGCUGUGCCUUAAUUUGGUUAUUUUACACCUUAAAUGGAAACAUACAUAUACUUACUUACAACUUGUCAAAAUCCACAUUUCAUAAUAUUAGAUUAAUUUAGGUUUUAAUUCUCAUGCCUUAUAGUUAGUACCUACAAUAUAGGUAACAGUUUCAAUUAGGUGUUGUUUAAAAACACAUUUAUUUUUAUUAUAUUUUAACCUUAAAAGUCUUAAAAUUUUAAAUCAACUGUAUUUCUUGAGAAAUGAAUUUUUGAAAUUCUGGAAAUACAAUGCACUAGCCCAUUUAUAAAAAAAAAAAUUUUUUAAACAUCAAAUUUUUAUUAGCACAAAUAUCUGGAUAUUCUAAUGUUCCCACACUUCUAACUUCCUACCUAUUUAAUGCAGUAGCUAAUGUGUUAAAGUGUAGCAUAGGUUGUUAAAGUACCUAUAGCAUGUGUUAACUUUUUUGCUCAGCUACCAUGAAUAAAAUUAAUAGAUAUGUAAUUAGAAUCCGAUUGCCUAUUAGAGACCUUUGAGAGUACAUCUAAGAAUUCUGAUUGGUAAGAUACGUGAGCCAACCCAUCACUAAUUUAAAUUCAGACAAGCAUAUUAGUGUUAGACCAAAAUACAAAAAGGUUUUCUCUUUAUACUUUGUAUGGACACCAUUAUUAUUGGUUCAUAGCUGCCAAACCAAAAUGUGUAGUUCAUCGCAAACAUUACUAGUUAAAUACUUAAGUGUACCAAUGAUGUGAAUGUAGUUUAUAUUUUUUUAAAGUUAAGGUAAUGAUAAUGACUAAUGAGUCUGGAUCUGAUUAAAGAUCAGAUACAUUUAGAAGUAUCUUUGCAGGGUGCAACUUUUGUUAGCCAGCUAUUUGAAUCUGCUGACAGGUGCCAUGACUUCAUUGUGUAGAAAAUGUUUUAUGCUGCAUACUUAUACAGUGUCAGUAAAAAUUAAUGUAUAUAAUUUUUGUGAAUACUUUAUAAGGAUCUUGGAUUUCGAUUUAGUCAAGUUUUAGUACCUGUGUAAAUGUAAUUGAACAAUACAUUGAACUUCCAGUAAUUUGUAGUGUGUAAUAGUGUUAAAUUGUUUCUUUUAUAAACUUUCCUAAUGUAAUUUGAAAAAAUUAUAUUUUCGAAACAGGACAUUGUAUGGCCAAUUUAAAAAUUUUAUUUACCUGGCUUCAUGAGAAAGUAAGAAAAGAGUGAUCUAUAUUUUCACUUAAAAUUUUAAUACAAAUCUGCAAAGUAUAAAUUAUUCCCUUAUUGUAUCUGAACACUGUAACUCAGCUUUGUUUUUUAGUGGAAUAUGUGAGAAUUUUCAGUUUUCAAUGCUGGGAGAACCUGAAUAUUUUUAGGCUUAAACUGAAAACCUUCUUGAUGAUUAAGUUAUAUUGAACUAGAACUCAAACCAAAUUUUUCUGAAAUACUAUGUAUGGGUCACCAUCAAAUUUCUCUGUUUGUCAUCAAUAAUCACCCCCAAUACUCUAGUUUCUCAUCCACAAUAUUCAUGUUUGUUACUUUUACUUAUUUUCAACUUGAGGUAUAAAUGAUAAUGAAUGAAGUAUGCCAGGGUAUCGAAGUUGAUUGAUAAGAAAAACAGUGGAAUCCAAAGACGGAAUAUAACAGAGCAAAUUAAGUCAGAACUUUUACUUUAUACUUAAACCAUGAACAAUCAUGUAAACAGAACCAACAUGGCAUGUUUUAAAAUUUUCGUCAAAAGCUAAGAAUAGAUAGUCUGGUCCAAUACGUUUGUCCAAAUAUGUAUGGACUUUAUAAAAACUUUACUGAAUGCAAUAAAUAUAAACAUAAAUCAAAUCCAAAUCAUAUUUUGCACUAAAUUGGUACUAUAUUGAUACCAUAUUCAGUGGCGGUUAUUGCAUUAGAGCACACUCGCACGUGAACCCCCUCGCCUCAUUUAAAUAGGCGCCUACUGUAAUACUUAAAUAUCAUACACAUCGAAUAAUAUAUAAAUGCAACCCAUUUGGUCUUAUAACCAUUAGCAAUAUUUUCCAAAACCGCCGCUAUAUAGUAAGCGCAGCUUGCUGGGAUCGCACGUGCGAUGGAGGCUAGGCGGGCGACGGCGCGCCGCUCGGCUCGGAGCGACGUAGUGGGGGUAGCUCCCCAUAAGCCAGCCUAGGAGCACAGUCCAGUCGUGCGCAACACUAUCCUGUGCGCGGCGCGACAUUUCUUGUCCUGUUUCUCCCAUUUUGGCUCGCUCUUCGAGAAUGAUGACGGCAGUGUUUGUCACGUGUUAUUGUUCUUCUUUAGUGCGUUUAGUGCGACGUUUAAAAAGUUUGUUUUAACUACUAAGUUAAGUUACUCGUUAUGGCCUUGAGUAAGUUAACAGUCUCGGACAUAAAAACACUGGUGUUUCUAAUUUGUCAUUGGAAAGGAAAAUCGAAAUAAAACAAGCAGGCAGGCCAAUGCCUAAACUUAUUAUAGUGCAAGUGACUAAGUCAAAAAAUAGGGAGUUCAGGAGAGAAUUUAAGCAGGACAUUUACGAGAAAAACCUCGUGGAUCUGUGGAUGCGAAGAAACCAACCGGCUCUAUUGUUUUCCCUGCCUGCUCUUCGCGAAACGAAGUGAUGAAUCUAGUUCUGUAGGUUUUGGCGUCUCAGAUUUGUCUCACUUAAGUCAAAAAAUAAUGAAGCAUGAGAGUGCAGAAACACAUUUGAAUUCCGUCCGGGAGUUUCAUCUUUUGGGGGAAUUAGACAUUCGCCAACAACUUGAUUGUGCCUACCGUUUAAACAUUAAACAACAUAACGAGCAAGUUACAAAAAACGUUAUGUCUUGUCUAAAAUUAUAGAUUGUAUAAACAUUUGCAGGGCGUUUGAACUCGCACUGCGAGGUCACGACGAGACAAAAAAUCUGCUAAUCCUGGAAUUUUUAGAGGGUUAGUUAAUUUUUCAGCAGAGUUAGACAAAUCUUUGAAAGACCACCUUGCAAAUGCCACUGUUUUCAAAGGGACUUGUAAAGAAAUCCAAAACGAUUUGCUAGAUUGUAUGCUUAAAGUCUGCCAAGAAUACAUCAAAAAAUAAAUUUCAUGUGCAAGUUUUGUUUCAGUGAUUGCAGACGAAACGACAGACAUAUCAUCUUUAUUCCAAUUGGUUAUAGUUUUUCGCUAUGUGUUACCUAACGGGCAAGCAGUAUAACGAUUCUGGCAAUUUGUAAAUCCUCCAGGACAUGAUGCUGCGUCAAUCGCAGAUUGUAUUCGCAUUGUUUUGGAAAGUAUUGUUGACAAACCCGAGAAAUUGAUAUCUCAGAGUUAUGAUGGAGCUAGUGUAAUGAGUGGGCAUCACAAUGGUGUUCAGGCCAUUAUUGCACAUUACGUGCAUUGUUAUGCGCAUCAGUUGAAUUUAAUUGUGGCACAAUCUACAAGCCAAAACCAACAAGUCCGUGUAUUCUUUUCCAAUUUGAGUGAUAUAACUAACUUCUUUAGCCACUCACACAGAGAAUCUCUGUUCUUGAUGGCGUUGUUGGCGGGAGAAUUCCUCGUGCUUCUUCUACAAGAUGGAAUUUUAAGAGCCCUAUGUACUGUUAACACGGUGUACAAGUACAGAAAACAACUGAUUGAAUGCAUGAACAAAAUUGAGUCGUCAUGCAAGCAGUCAACAACAAUCAACCAGUCGGGAGCUAUUCGGCAUAUGUUGAAUGAUCCAGUGUUUUUAUUUUGGCUGACAGUUUUUCACAAUAUAAUGCCGCACGUAGACAUUUUGUUUAAUCAGCUACAAAAAAGGAGCAUCGAUGCCGAUAAAGUCAAGAAACAUGUUGACAGUUUUCGACUUUCAUUUGAGAAAGAAAGAGAGAAUAUGGAUAAAGUGAGAAUGCGAACUGAAAUGUCGGUGCCAGAGCAGCAUAGCAUUCUAAAAAAAGAAAGUGGAAGAUGUUCAUGUAAAUAGAACUGUUGCAGCCAAGGAAGUAUGUGAUGUGAUUACUAAUCAAGUAAAGGAGAGGUUUUCUUUCACAACAUAUUAUUCUGCGGUAUGCCUUUUUGAUCACGUCCGGACCACCCGCUUCAAAAAAAAAGGGGGAGGGGGGUUCGGUGAUUCUUUAUAUAAAGAGCCCAAUGCUGUGAACCCCCAUUUUCAAAAGGCACCAGCCGCCACUGACCAUAUUGUCACAAAGAUAGGCCAAAACCCCUUCCCUAAUAAUCUUGAUACUAGAUAAAUAUGUAUUUUUAUACUGAGUUUUAACAUUAAUUGCCACUUUAUUUAAUUUUUUUAAUGAAAGUUAUUGAAGUGAUUUUGAUUAACUAUUACGUAUAUUAAUAAAUUAUAAAUUUGGUUCCUCUUGUUUGCAAAUUUCUUAAAAAUGAUAUAGUACACAAAGAAG